UUGACAGCAGCGCUUCUCUCCCAGCCAGUCCCCGGCUCCUGCCCUAGAUGCGACCGUGUGUGUAACCUCCACGGGAGAGGUGGUUCUCCCGGAGUCCCGAGGGGCCCCCGAGCUUCCGAGAACUGGGGAGGAUGAGCCCCUGUGGGAGUCGGCGGGGGGACAGGUGGCCCAGAGUCCUCCUGCCCCUCCGGCUGCUCAGGAGGGAGAGGUGAGCGCCGGCAGCCGGCCCGCAGCCAGAGGUGCCGGGAGCCCCAGCCCUGUCAUGGUGGCGGUCUGCAGCCAGCCUGAGGCACUCCAGACGGGUCUGCAGCUGAGCUCGUUUAUCUGGUGUGGGGAGAAGAUGGGGAGUUACUUGUCCGUCCCGGCUUACUUCACCUCCAGAGACCCCUUUCGGUGCUCAGAAUGCCAGGAUUCCCUCACCAACUGGUACUAUGAGAAGGAUGGGAAGCUUUACUGCCACAAGGACUACUGGGGGAAGUUUGGGGAGUUUUGCCAUGGGUGCUCUCUGCUGAUGACAGGACCUGUCAUGGUGGCUGGGGAGUUCAGGUACCACCCAGAGUGCUUUGCCUGCAUGAGCUGCAAGGUGAUCAUCGAGGAUGGGGAUGCCUAUGCCCUUGUGCAGCACGCCACCCUCUACUGUGGGAAGUGCCACAAUGAGGUGGUGCUGGCCCCCAUGUUCGAGAGGCUUUCCACGGAGUCUCUUCAGGACCAGCUGCCCUACUCUGUCACACACAUCUCCAUGCCCGCCACCACUGAGGGCAGGCGGGGCUUCUCUGUGUCGGUGGAGAGUGCCUGCUCCAACUACGCCACCACUGUGCAAGUCAAAGAGGUCAACCGGAUGCACAUCAGUCCCAACAACCGCAAUGCCAUCCAUCCCGGGGACCGAAUCCUGGAGAUCAAUGGGACCCCUGUCCGCACACUCCGAGUGGAGGAGGUGGAAGAUGCGAUUACCCAGACAAGCCAGACGCUUCAGCUCUUGAUUGAACAUGACCCCAUCUCCCAGCGCCUGGAGCGGCUGGAUGCACGACUCUCUCCCCACAUGCAGAAUGCCAGACACUCCCACACCCUCAGCACCCUGGACACCAAGGAGAAUCUGGAAGGGACGCUGAGGAGACGCUCCCUGAGACGGAGUAACAGCAUCUCCAAGUCUCCUGGCCCUAGUUCCCCAAAGGAGCCCCUGCUGCUCAGCCGGGACAUCAGCCGCUCGGAAUCCUUGCGCUGUUCCAGCAGCUACUCGCAGCAGAUCUUCCGGCCGUGUGACCUGAUCCACGGGGAGGUCCUGGGGAAGGGCUUCUUCGGGCAGGCCAUCAAGGUGCCCAUAGGCCUCAGUGCCGGGCAUGCUGCAGAGAACACACAGGCGAGUGGCUCCUGCCUCCCUGAUGAACAGUCUUGGGGACUAACCUACCUCUCUUUCUCUCCUCCUCCUCUGCUGAGAGCUGGGAGGGGGGGUCAGGUGACACACAAAGCCACAGGCAAAGUGAUGGUCAUGAAGGAGUUGAUUCGUUGUGACGAAGAAACACAAAAGACUUUUCUGACUGAGGUGAAGGUGAUGCGCAGCCUGGACCACCCCAAUGUGCUCAAGUUCAUCGGCGUGCUGUACAAGGACAAGAGGCUGAACCUGCUAACAGAGUACAUUGAGGGGGGCACGCUGAAGGACUUCCUGCGCGGUGUGGACCCAUUCCCCUGGCAGCAGAAAGUCAGGUUUGCCAAAGGCAUCGCAUCUGGAAUGGCCUAUUUGCACUCCAUGUGCAUCAUCCACCGGGACCUGAACUCACACAACUGCCUCAUAAAGCUGGACAGGACUGUGGUGGUGGCUGACUUUGGACUAUCACGGCUCAUCGUCGAGGAAAGGAAAAGGCCCCCAGUGGAGAAGGCCACCACCAAGAAACGUACCUUGCGCAAGAAUGACCGCAAGAAGCGCUAUACAGUGGUGGGAAACCCCUACUGGAUGGCCCCUGAGAUGCUGAACGGGAAGAGCUACGAUGAGACAGUGGAUGUCUUCUCCUUCGGGAUCGUUCUCUGUGAGAUCAUCGGGCAGGUGUACGCAGAUCCUGAUUGCCUGCCCCGCACACUGGACUUUGGCCUCAAUGUGAAGCUUUUCUGGGAGAAGUUUGUCCCCACAGACUGCCCCCCAGCCUUCUUCCCCCUGGCUGCCAUCUGCUGCAAACUGGAGCCUGAGAGCAGACCGGCAUUCUCAAAACUGGAGGACUCCUUUGAGGCCCUCUCCCUGUACCUGGGGGAGCUGGGCAUCCCGCUGCCCGCAGAGCUGGAGGAGCUGGACCACACUGUGAGCACGCAGUACGGCCUGACCCGGGACUCGCCCCCCUAGCCCCCGUCUGGCCCCCUGCAGCGGGGCGUUCCACAGCCAGCAAGGCCCCCUCUGCGCCUCACCCCUGCUGUGGGUAGGGCCAUCUGUGUGUCCUGUGGAUUGGCGGCUUGUUGAGAAGCAGAACAAGCCUCCCCUACUACCUCCCCAGGAGAUGAGCGGGCGAAGCCACAGGAAAAUGCAUCUCCACAGGGGCUGAGGCCUAGUUACUGUCUAAACCCAACAUUUGCCUGAAAGCUGUGAAGACAGAAGAAAAAAGCCUGGCCCCUGGGGCCGGAGGAAUCUGUUACUCAUGACCACUUGGGAGCUCCCUGGCAGUGGGAUUCUGGAAGCUCUUGCUUAUGCUAAUCAGCGUGACCUGGACCUGCUGGGCAGGAUCCCAGGGUGGACUUGCCCCUGGGCUCUGAAAUCUCUGGUCCAGCUGGGUACAGGGGAACUUCAGGUGGGAGUGUGGACAAGAGAAAAACUGGUGGCUAGGUGGCGAUCCAAGGAUGUGAAAUGACAGUGGAGUUCCCGCUUCCACUCCAUGGUGUCCCGCCCUCUGCUGGGGCAGGGGUUGAGCGGGAAGGUUUUGAAGAGUCCCUUAGUCAGUUGUGGUAGAGCUGUCCGGGAGUCAGGGGAAGGGCUGGUUUCUGUCCACCUGCCAGGCCCAGGAGCCUCAUCAGUGUGAGGGGAGCUUCCACCUGUGUCCUCAGACUGUACUGCUUGAGGCUGGCCGAGAAAUCCCAGGCGGCAUCCUUUCUGCCCACAACCAGCAGUCACCAUAGGUGCAGGAAGAGGCUGGAGGCUGGAAGGAAAGAGGCCCUGCCCUCUAGAAAGCUCACAUCCUUGUCACCCAUUCCCUGGUGGGCACCUCAGUCAAAAGCUGGAAACAUUUGGCCAAGAGCUAGUUUGGUUCUAGGGGACACCAUGGCUUGUUGCAGGCCCAGUAUACAGGCUGGGCAGUGGGAAUCCCAGCAGUCUUCUGGCCCUGUCCUUGUAGCAGCCACUGCUCAGCCCCCACUGUGCCUCACCGUCCAGCAGCUUGGGCAGGAAGAGGUGAUGGCAGAGUCCCAGAGCUGGGGUGCGGCGGGGGACAGCUUCCUGAGCUGGGCUGUCUGGCUUCUACCUCCCUUGCUGGCUGGCCCAGCUCACAGCUCCUGGCUGCAGCCUCCAGAGCCCCAGGAACUCAGCGCACUGACUUGCUGCCUCCCAAGUGUCUGUGAGCUUCACCAUGUUUAACAGAUUAGGGAUGGGUUUGGGAUAAUACUGCGAUGCACGGUAGUGUCGGGGGUGGGGGGAGGUAGGGAGUUCAGAAUGAUCCGGGGCAGUGGUUGCUGGUAAAUGCGAUCUUGUUAUAUGUGUUGGGUGAUACGUGAAUUCCUGUACAUGGGCCUAAUGAGCUGUGGGAGUGUGUGUCAUCUCUGGCCAGUUUACUUGCUCUGUAGACUAUAUGUGUGUGAGGAGUGUGGGAGCUUGCUGUGGGGUCGAGCCCUGGGCUCCCAGCAGCAGCAAGGUCAGGGUUGUGGGCUGGCUGUGCCUGAGUUCCCCAGCAGGCAUGGGAGUGGCGGCCCAAGUGGGCCACUGAGCAGACCAAAUAAACAGUUAACAUUAAUGGA